AUGUCACACGGGUCGGCGGUAAUCGGCGACGAUCCGCGGGCCCCGAACAGUGAUCCGCGCAGCGGCAAGAACCACGACCACCCGGUCAAGGCCUGUCACAACUGCCGGCGCCGGCGCCUGCGGUGCGACCGAUCCCUGCCCAGAUGUCUCAAGUGCGCCAGCCUCGGCCAGGAGUGCCAGGGGUACGGCAAGCUCUUCGUCUGGACCCAUGCCGUGGCCUCCCGGGGCAAGAUGACCGGGCGGUCGUCAUUUGCGCCGUCGACGCCGACGCCGACGCCGACGCCGGGCGUUCCGCCGUCAUCUCCAGCCACGGCUUUCAGUCGCUUGACAGGGCAAAACGCACCUCCCGGCAGUCUGACUCCAGCGGAUGAGCAGCUCGGACUGGUCUUGGCAUGGAUGCCACCCUCGCGGUCGCUGGUGGAUCCCCUCCUGCAGGACCUGGAUCCGUCCUCUCGUCGGUACCUCUAUCACUUGUGUCAAAACAAAGUCGCAUUCCGCCUGUGCAUCGACAUCGCGCCCUUCGACCCGCCGGGCCGGAACGCGUUUGUCGACAUGCUGCCCAUGGCCCGGGAGAACGGCUUCCUCAUGCACAACCUCGUCGGCAUCUCGGCCAUGCACCUGUCCAAGAUCACGCGCUUCACGGCCGGCGAGUCCUACUGGACGCGCAAGGUCAUGAUCGACGCGCUCGCCGCCAAGCAGAGGGCCAUCUCGGAGCUUACCCUCGCCCUGGACGGCCGCGCCAACGACGGCGGCAGCAGCAGCAAGAGGGACGCCAUCCUCGCCGCCCUCGUCUUCUUCGUCAACUUCGACCUCGUCGACUCGGGCAAGGAGACAUGGCGCCUGCACCUCGAGAUGGCGGGCCGCCUGAUCGAGGAGUUUGAGCGGAGCGGCGGCGGGCGUGGGCACCCGGCGGGCACAGGCGAGGCGCUGGUGGCAUCGUCCCCCGUCCAGAACCUGCUCGACAACCUGCUGUCCAUGUGCGUGGCGUACUACAUCUUCGGCUCGACGCUGACGACCAUGACGCACGACGCCGCCGCCGUAGCCGCCUCGGCCUUCGACCGCCUCGACGUCGUCGCCGCCCUGCGCCGCACCGAGACGAGCAACUACCACAGCUGCCCGGCCGAGGUUCUGCACGCCAUGCUGCUCGUGUCGCGCCUCGCGGGCCGCGCCCCGGGCCUGCCGCGGGAGCGCGUCGUGGCCGAGGCCUCGGCCAUCGUGGGCCGGCUCGUGGGCUUCGACGUCGAGGCCUGGGCCGCGGCUCUCCCCGGCAUCACGGACCCCAAGGAGGUCCGCGACCGGACGCACGUGGCCCUCACGUACCGGUCCGCGACGUACCUGUACACGCUGCUGGCGCUGCCGCUCGAGGGCGUCCUCCGGUUCAGCGACGGCCUCACGGUCGAGGACGUCUUCACCGACAUCAAGUUCCACACGCUGAGCCUCGAGGACGGCAGCGGCUUCUUCAAGGCCCUGACCUGGCCGCUGUUCAUGGCCGGCGCGGCGGUCCUGAAGCCGGAGCAGAGGCAGUGGGCCAAGGAGAUGCUGCUCAGGAUCCUCGAGGAGCUGCCCUGGGGCUUCCUGAUGACGGCCCUCGAGGCCCUCGACGUCAUCUGGGAGCUGAGGGACACCGUCGCGGGCAGGGAGCAGACCACCGAGUGGAACUGGCUGGACGAGUUCAGGAAGCUCAAGAUCGACGCCUUGAUUGUCUGA